AUGGCUGCGCAAAACACCCCAUCGAAGGAAGUUAGAAUAUGGAUGAAUCCCCUAUAUACAUCUGUCGGGGAAAACAUGGAUUCUUUAUGCACGCCUACUGAGGAACGUGGGGAUACCUCAAACAGAUCUGCCGAAGAAGAAAAGGAUUUCUCGAGCACAUCCGCCAAAGAAGAAGAGAAUUUUCCUACGGAAACCGAUCCAUUGCUGAUUAAAUGCGCUCCAGCAUCAAAUGGUUCUGACAUGCAGAAGAAUUCUAUGAAUAUGCAGGAUAUGGAAUCAUUAACGAGUUCUAAGCCGAAAUGGCAAGUUAUAUCCGACGGAAUUCGACAUGCAGAUAUGAUAGCAGGUCAACCAUCAAAAAUUCAACUGAAUAACUAUCCAAAAACCUUGUCACAAUUAUAUGGCCGCGUGUUUAAAGUCAUCGAAAUGUUCAACAUACCUGAUAUUGACUUUCGCGCAUCACCGCCUGAUCUCAAAGAUGAGGAAAUCGAUGAUUCUGAUAGCAGCAAAAGUAAUCGUUUUUCAUCGGUACGUCGUUUUCGUCUCUUAUUUACACUCACUAAAUGA